AACAUACCAUCAGAAGCUACAUUGACAAAACUACGCGCCGGCAAUUUGGUAUCAGCUGAUUAUUUUCAUUAGCUUAUGGUCAACAAUCAUCAAACAUUUGAAGACCUAGUUGACGAAUUAAUGUGCUGCUGCUGCGUAAUCGGUCGCAUAUUCAUUUCUACAAGUUUUUGCCUGUUUAAAUGACCUGUCCUCAUUAAACACUUGUUUUCUGAUACAUAUUAACACAAAUUUGUGUAAAAUUUUACUUCUAAUUUCAAACUUACAACUUAUAAAUUUAUAACUUAUAAACUUAUAACUUAUAAUCGAAUUUAUGACAUCUGUGGUUGACCAAAUGGGAGACUCAUGUCCCCAAUCCAGUCCCCGAAAGAAAUCGUCUUCUUCAGCCCCUCUUUCGGACACCUCCGAACAGGACUCCAAGGUUAAAGAAAUCUGGAGCGAUUCAUCGAUUGAAUGGAAAGCACCCGAUCGACCGAGUCGCUGUACUUGGCAUUUGGGAGUAAACCCCAAGGACUCCCCCCACAAUCACAUUCCGGUUUCGAAGCCAGAGCAACUGAAGACAGUGCAGACAUCCACGGAUCUGAUUGGGCUGACUCCGAUGGUUCGUCUGAACAAUAUUGAGAAGUCGGAGAAGUUGGAUGUCGAGUUGUGGGCCAAGUGUGAAUAUAUGAAUGCCGGGGGUAGUAUCAAAGACAGGAUUGCGAAGCGGAUGGUGGAUGACGCUGAGAAGGCGGGUGUUCUCAAAGAAGGAUCCACCAUCAUAGAGCCUACUUCUGGCAACACUGGCAUUGGACUGGCACUAGUGGCUGCUGUGAAGGGAUACAGGUGCAUCAUCGUCAUGCCGGAGAAAAUGAGCAACGAAAAGGUGAAUAUUCUCCGCGCCUUGGGAGCUGAAAUUGUCCGGACCCCGACAUCUGCCCGGUACGACAGUCCCGAAUCUCACAUCAGCGUCGCCCAAAAACUAUGCCAGCAGAUUGAAAAUUCAGUCAUUUUAGACCAGUACACAAACGCUUCCAACCCUCUUGCUCACUAUGACGAAACGGGCGAGGAGAUCUUGAUCCAAAUGGAUCACAAAAUCGACGCAAUCGUACUCAGUCCAGGAACCGGAGGAACUGUAACCGGAAUAGGUCGGAAACUCAAAGAGAAAAUACCUGAAAUCAAAGUAGUUUGCGGCGACCCUUAUGGUUCGAUUUUGGCGCCAGCAGAAAUGAAUUCGGGCGGGAAAAAUGAAGAAGGGUUCUACGAGGUCGAGGGAAUUGGGUAUGAUUUUGUUCCGACUGUGCUGGAUCAAAGUGUGGUCGAUGUGUGGUAUAAAACAGCAGAUCCGGAGUCGUUUGAAUGUGGUCGGAAACUUAUGCGUCAGGAAGGGUUGCUAGUUGGAGGUAGUUCUGGGACUAUUUUGUCAGUGGCGCUCCAGCAGGCGAGGAAGAUGCCGAAGGGAUCUCGACUCGCGAUGGUGUUUCCUGACUCCAUCAGAAACUACAUGACCAAGUAUCUCUCAGAUGACUGGAUGAUUGAAAGGAGUUUCAUGGAAGAUCCUCUCGAACAGACCGAGAAAUGGUGGCGCAAAAAGUUGGUGAGCGACCUUCCAGCUGUCAUCCCAGAGACGGUCGGACCCACAGUCCCAUGCCAGACAGUGCUGACUCGGAUGCGAGACCUGGGAGUAGACCAGAUCCCGAUAGUCCAGUCGGACGGAAACAUCGUCGGCGUCGCUACUCUCGGAAACAUCAUGGCCAAGGUCAUAGCCGGUGUCACUCAGGAAUCAAGUCCGGUAUCCGAAGUUAUCUAUCGCCAGUUCUGCAAGGUGUCUCAAAGUUGUACUUUGGGAAAGAUAUCCAAAAUUUUGGAAUCGCACUCUUUUGCACUGGUGGUGAAUAGUCAGAAGUGCUGGAAUGACGACAAUUCAUUCAAGACGAAAGAGAUGAUAGUUUCGAUUGUGACCAGAAUUGACCUGAUGAAUUACAUUGUGAGCAAUCAGUUCAACCAAUAAAUUAUUUUUAAAAGUAAGUUAAAAGCGCUGGAAUUAAAAACUUUUGACAGUAAAAUCAAUGGUAGAUUCGUUACAAGAGACGCUUUGUGUUAUUAUUUGAAUAGUAUAUUUUGCAAUUAAACAAUUUUGCAGCAGUUUGAUGAUCAUUUGUAGAAAAUAGCUAUUAGAUUUAUGUAAAAGCAAAUCAAGAUAAUUUACAAUUUAUUUGGUUCCAUAACGGUGCCGGCAUAAACUUGGACAGAAAGCUAAUUAAUA